AUGGCGCCUGUUGUGACAGGGAAAUUCGGCGAGCUUCCUCAGCCAAAGCGUCUCACCAGGGAGGCGAUGCGUAACUACUUGAAAGAGAGAGGAGAUCAGACGGUGCUCAUACUGCAUGCAAAAGUCGCACAGAAGUCAUACGGCAAUGAAAAGAGGUUCUUCUGCCCGCCGCCGUGCGUGUACCUGAUGGGCUGUGGCUGGAAGAAGAAGAAGGAGCAGAUGGAGCGGGAGGGCUGUUCAGAGCAGGAAGCUCAGCCCUGCGCCUUCAUCGGCAUCGGAAACAGCGAGCAAGAGAUGCAGCAGCUCAACCUGGAAGGGAAGAACUUCUGCACGGCGAAAACGUUGUACAUAUCGGACUCGGAUAAGCGGAAGCACUUCAUGCUGUCCGUGAAGAUGUUCUACGGGAACAGCGCAGAGAUCGGAGUCUUCCUCAGCAAGCGCAUCAAGGUCAUCUCCAAACCCUCCAAAAAGAAGCAGUCCCUGAAGAACGCCGACCUGUGUAUAGCGUCGGGGACUAAAGUGGCUCUCUUUAACCGGUUGCGCUCUCAGACGGUCAGUACACGGUAUCUCCACGUGGAGGGAGGAAACUUCCAUGCCAGCUCGCAGCAGUGGGGAGCUUUUUACAUACAUCUGCUGGACGAUGAUGAAUCGGAGGGGGAGGAGUUCACGGUGAGGGACGGCUACAUUCACUACGGUCAGACCGUCAAACUGGUGUGUUCAGUCACGGGCAUGGCUCUGCCACGACUGGUAAUCCGUAAGGUGGAUAAGCAGACGGCUCUGAUGGACGCAGAUGAUCCUGUGUCUCAGCUUCAUAAGUGUGCGUUUUAUCUGAAGGAUACGGAGCGCAUGUACCUGUGUCUGUCUCAGGAACGCAUCAUUCAGUUUCAGGCCACUCCCUGCCCCAAAGAGACGAACAAAGAGAUGAUCAAUGACGGAGCAUCGUGGACCAUAAUCAGCACAGAUAAAGCGGAGUAUACUUUCUAUGAGGGAAUGGGCCCCGUCACACUACCUGUCACACCCGUGCCUGUUGUGGAGAGCCUACAGCUGAACGGAGGGGGUGAUGUGGCCAUGCUGGAGCUGACCGGGCAGAACUUCACUCCUAGCCUCAGAGUAUGGUUUGGAGACGUGGAGGCGGACACCAUGUACAGGUGCGGAGAGAGCGUUCUGUGCGUGGUUCCGGAUAUCUCGGCGUUCCGUGAGGGCUGGCGUUGGGUCCGGCAGCCGGUGCAGGUUCCGGUCACUCUGGUGCGAAACGAUGGUAUCAUUUACUCCACCGCACUCACCUUCACUUACACGCCCGAGCCGGGGCCCCGCCCACACUGCAGCGCCGCGGGGGCCAUCCUGAGGGGCAACAGCACCUCCUCAAUCUCUCCAUCCUCCUCCUCCUCGUCAUCUUCCUCAUCUUCCUCAGCGUCCAGCCUCCUCCUACAGUCCAGAGUGGACGGCCCGGCCGGUUACCAGGCGGCCGGUGGCGUGUCUUCGUCAUCCUCUUCCUCCUCGGCCAUGUCCGUGUCCUAACCUGUGCGAGUGGA